AUGAUCGCUGAAAAGUUAGAAUACGUACAAUUUCAAAAUAUUAUCGUACGACUCCUCUCAAUUGUCGGAUUGUGGACAAAACAAAAUUCAAGUUUACUAUCUCGAUUGCGAAUUCAUAUUUAUCUUACGUUCCUUGUCGUUCCAACUUUUGGAACGAUCAAUUAUUUAGUUGCCAAUAUUUCAAACAUAAAUUUAGCCAUUAAUAGUUUAUGUUCACUUCUGGCUUUCUCUACAGUAAUAAUAAAAGGAAUGUCUUUUAUAAUAAAUCGCAAAGACGUAGAUGAGCUACAUACAAUUUUGGAUCCUUAUUUUUACGAAUUGAUGAAAAAUCCCGAAAUGUCAAAACAGGUUUUGAAUAAAAUCUCAACUUUUAGACGUUUGCCGAAACUGAUCACGGCUAUGCUGAUGACCGGCAGCAUUUCUUAUGCGAUUGGACCGAUAGUUUCUAUAAUACACCAAAUUCGUCAUAAAUUGUAUCCUAUAGAUUUCAAUUUUAUUUAUCUCACUUUGUAUCCGUGGGAAAUCCCGAGAAAUUCUUUAAUCCACUUUUUACACUUUAUCAACGAAUAUUUAUCGACCAGUACCAUUGUUCUCAUCUCACCCGCAGUGGACAGUUUGUACACCUAUUACAUGUUUCAAACGAUCGGCAUUUUGCGGGAAAUGUCGUAUCGUAUUUCCAUGUUUGAUGAAAAAAAUUGUGAUUUUGAAAUACGCGAGUGCGUUAAUAAGUAUGAAAUACUAGUACGAUGUAUGAAAAAAAUUCAAAAAGUAUAUGGAGCUAUCAUUUUAUGGACCAUGAAUACCAAUGCGAUCGUACUUUGUAUCGUAAUGUAUCAAUUGUCGCACGCUAAGUCGAUUCCUUUUUUUGCAUUGAGCCUUUGCGUAGCGUAUGUUUGUUUAAAAUUAACCCAAGUCUUCAUUUAUGCUUGGAGUGGGUCUCUCCUCACAACCGAGAGUGAAAGAUUUCGAGAGACUAUUUACGCAUCACGGUGGCUUGGAAAUACUCGAUUGAAGGCUUCAAUAAUAAUAAUGCUCUGUCAAAGGCCCCUCAUUUUGACUGUGUAUAAUUUAUUGUAUGUGACGAUAGAUAUGUUCAUGAAAGUUGUUAACACGACAAUAUCAUAUUAUUUAUUACUAAAAACAUUUGAACAAGGAGCUUGA